CAGCAGCCUCGGCAUUGACAGCAGCAGCCCCUGUGUCUAUUACGGAAAGUGGAAGAGAAUGGCCAGAACCAAGCAGACAGCGCGCAAAUCCACCGGAGGGAAAGCUCCCCGCAAGCAGCUGGCGACCAAAGCGGCCCGCAAGAGCGCUCCGGCCACGGGCGGAGUGAAGAAGCCUCAUCGCUACAGGCCCGGCACGGUGGCUCUGCGGGAGAUCCGCCGCUACCAGAAAUCCACCGAGCUGCUGAUCCGCAAACUGCCCUUCCAGCGCCUGGUGCGAGAGAUCGCUCAGGACUUCAAGACCGAUCUGCGCUUCCAGAGCUCGGCGGUGAUGGCCCUGCAGGAGGCCAGCGAGGCUUACCUGGUGGGGCUGUUUGAGGACACCAACCUGUGCGCCAUCCACGCCAAGCGGGUCACCAUCAUGCCCAAAGACAUCCAGCUGGCCCGCCGGAUCCGCGGGGAGCGCGCCUAAACGGAGCCUGGCCGACACUGCACAUUCACCCCGAGAGAAAGAGAGAAACACAACGGCUCUUUUCAGAGCCACUACACCAUCCAGAGAGAGCGGGAAGCGAUCGCAGUCGUUGGAACUUUGUCUUUGAACAAUAUUGAAGGGGGCGGGCGUGACGUCAGUAAUACAUUUCACGGGAGUUAGUUGAAGACACAUCGCACAAGCGGCAGUGAUUAGAAUAUACGCUGUUGUGAAUGUUCUGUAAUUUCCACAUGGCUUCAUUAUUGCAGUGCAGUAUUGAUUCCGGAUUAAAUCCCCUCUGUCCUCACUGUCUCCCUUGGUAUUCCCAUCGGCUGAUCAUUGCUGAGGUAACUGGCGGGAAAACAUGGCGCCAAAUCGUCAACCUUUUUUUUCAAAUUUAAAAAUCCUGCCGAAAUGUAGCUCAGCGACGGGAGCUUUUCGGAAAAUAAUGCAUUCGUACUUAGUCAUUAAUUCGCACAUUUUCUUUCGGGUAAUGAGUCUAGACGCUAUUUGAAGUAUUCGAGAUUGUCUUCGGAGGGAGUAAAUACCCUUAUUCAGCCCUGUGAGAAUUUCACGAACGUUCUUCAGCGUGAUCGCAUUAAUGACGAACGCCGCCUUUAGGUAUUAUUUUAAUAUCGUGCUCCCUUAUUGCAAAAGCUCCACAUUAACAAUUCCGGUCUGCCGACUGUUCUGGUUCGUUUUGAAACCUUUCUAACCGACAGCAGAAAGCCUCAUUUACAGUAUUCUGCAACAGAACCCGCGCGGAGUUUUGGAAAUUAAAAAAAAUGUGUAAUGCAUCUACCCGUGGGUCUGUACGAAAGGGAGCACUUCUUUUGUUUCCCAGUGGUGACACUCAGGGCUCGGACCCCAACCGGGGCUUACCGCUCCCGGAAUAAUCAAAUAUUAGAGAGUAACUUGACCAAAUAGCAGCAAACAGAAAGAAAAAAGGUUCACUGGUGUUUAAUAUGCUCCCUAGAGGCAGGGAGACUAGAGGACACAUUCUCUACUCGAUGCCAGCGCCAAAUCAACAACACCUUUCCUUCCGAUUUGAAAAGCCCGCCAUUUCACAAAUAAUGGAGUAUGUUAUACAUAGAAAAAUGAUGUAUAAAAAAGGAGAAUGUUGUUCAGAGGGGAAUUCAUCAAUACUUGUUAAUUAGGUUAUAAAUAUAUACUUCAGACAAUCUCUCUCGCUCAUUCAUUUGCCUAACUGCAUCUAUUUCUACUUUUUUUUUUCUUUUCUGGGCCUAUAGAACUGG